ACUUGAAAGUGUAGCAUCCUGACGUCGGCUCAUGAUCAAGUCCUUCCUUACCCACGAUUUUACUUUYGGUAUUGCUUAUUUUAAAGACAGUUCUAUCAACUUACAGGCGGCAAAGACUUUGGUUCAGAUGCAUUAGGGAUUUGCAUCCACGAUGUGUCUUUUUACAUGUAAAUAGCAUGGAUCAUCAACAUGCAUUUUUGGCACAAUUCAAGGGAAUAUAGAUGGUCCAAAGAAAACAUUUGGAAAAGAGAACAAUAAUUUAUUCUGAASUCCUGAAGGCACAGAUUAUUUCGUUUUUUAUCGGAUUAUUUAGCUAUACCAUUGUUUAUCAAGAAGAUUUUUUUUGGCUUAAAGUAACGAAAAAAGUAAUAAAAGAGUAGGCAUGGGGUCGAAUUCGAAUUAUGUUAAUUUGCGCGCGACUCGUGAAUUUCAAAUUAGUCGUCAUGAUGUGGUCAAAAUGGCGGAUGCAUUAUUACAGUCAAGUCUUGGCGAUUUGGGACCGUCGUCUCUUCGUUUAGAUACCAACGAAACUGAAAGUAACUGCACCGAAGAGUCAUCGUCAAGUCCAAAGAGUAUCGAAUCAGACUGGAGUUUUACGACGUUUGAGAGUAAAGGGAGUUUGGAGGAAGACGACGAAAGUCGUGUGGGAUCCGAGAAUGAGGUCUUUGAUSAGAACGGAGAUUCUGAUGCAAAUGACAAAAAAUGCUCGAUCGUGGACGGAUUGUUAUUUGAAAUUUAUGAUCACUACCAUACCAGGGACUCUGUAGAUAGUGACAAUGUGACUGAGUGCUCGACAACCUCGGGAAGUAUUUUUGGAGGGUCUUUUGAUCUCGAAGAUCAAGGAGAAAAAUGGACUCGCAAUUCCCUCCAAAACAAAGACAUUGACRAGCUUCGUGUCCUAGCAAAAGAGUUCAAGAUCCGUAUUUCUAUGCUUUCUGCUAAACUMGUCAAACAACUAAAAAGAAGAGCCAAGAACGCAUACAAACUUCAGAAGAACUUCGACGUCUUAACUGCUGUUCUUCAAGCUGUCUCUCCAAAGAGAAGGGUAGAUACAAGAAUAAGGUUUUCAUAUAUUCCUCAAAGUGGGAAAAAGGCUUUCAGACAGUGGCUAGAUGCAUUCAAGUCAAUUGCACGACUUCCUCAUGGUCUCCCCCUUGCAUGGCGAAAAAGGUUAUGGCUUUGUCUUGCUGAAAGCAAGAUAAGUGAUUUAAACUGGGAGAAGACAGCUAAGUUUUGCUUCAAUGAAAAAAGCAACCCUGAUGAUGAUGAGCUKGGAUCUCAAAUUGUUAAGGAUCUUCAUAGAACUGGAUGUGCGUGGUUUUGUGGCGAUACACCCGAGGAACGAGCAGCUCUCAAACGUGUUUUACUAGCUUAUGCAAGAUGGAAUAAAUCUGUGGGAUACUGUCAAGGGUUUAAUGUAAUCGCUGCUCUUAUAUUACAAGUGAUGGAAAGAAACGAAGAGGAUGCAUUAAAGGUUAUGAUUUACAUAAUCGAUCACGUCCUACCUACAAAUUAUUUCUCCAACAAUCUUCGGGCACUGUCAGUUGAUAUGGCUGUACUUCGAGACUUAAUGCGGCUGAAGUUACCAAAGCUAUCCCGUCACCUCGACUCCCUGCAGGCACAAGCUUCAGCCCAACAUGGAGGGACUUCAGCCUAUGAACCACCGCUUAUCAAUGUCUUUACGAUGCAAUGGUUUUUGACACUGUUUGCUACUUGUUUGCCGCAAGAUACAGUGCUUCGUGUAUGGGACUCGAUUUUAUUAGAAGGUUCCGAGGUACUCCUGAGAGUGGCUCUUGCUAUAUGGGCAAAGCUAGGAGAGCGACUUGAAGAUGUCGAGACGUCGGAUGAUUUCUACUGCAAAAUGGGYGUGUUGAUUCAAGAAAUUGCUUUAGGAGAAUUUGUGGAUUGUCGAUCAAUUUUGCAGACUGUCUAUUCCUUGGCACCAUUUCCUCUUCCUGGCUUGGAUGAACUACGUGAACAGUACACAUAUAACAUUCACCCUUUCAGUGAUUCCCAGGACAAAGGCUCCCGCUCCAACUUGGGUAACGCCUCAAGUGAUGAGGACGAGGACGAACUUGAUACAGAAUCUGUAGGCUGUCUAGGUGUGCUUUUACCGUUUUCGGAAUUUGCAUCACCGCCAAUGAAAAGUUUAACUGAAGGCGAUCAGCCGAGUAGGAGGAGUAGUGAUAUCGCCGAGGCAAGUCCAGGGGUGUUCGCGACCGAUGGUUAUAGCCCCCUACCGUAUACUACACGGCAACUGAACAAUAACCCUGAUGCUUCCAAUCAGGUGAAUGAAGARAUGAGUCAUCUUGAAAAACAGUAUAGUAGAAUGCGGUUGAUGCAACAGCAAGCCGUAGUAGUAUUUAGCGAAGCUGCUGUCCAAAAUAUCCAGGAAGCUGAUAACAAGAUUAAGACUCCUACCGCCAUUAACCAUUUAUUUGUAUCUGCAACGAAAAAGAAACAGGCGAGAGGGAAAGGUGCAAUAAAUACUAGCAAUGACACUGGUAACGAUGACGAUGCGGUAACAACCAAGCAGAAUGCAUAUGAAAAAGAAAGUACGGCUCAUUUGAAGACAUUAUUUAAAGGAAAUCAAAAGCAAGGCUACAAUGGGCAUGAUAGCUCAAAAACGAACUUAAAAACUUCAGAAUCUACUACGAGUAAACCUAAACUUGAACACAUGGGACUAAACGGAGAGAUAUGUAAGUUUGAAUCACCUAAAAAUAAUGCAAUUUCUAAUGGACACAGGACAGUUCCGCUUUACUCAUCAAGAGGAAAACCAGCUAAUACAAUCAUGGUUGAUAACUCGAACAAACCUUCAUUGAAGAGUCCUUCGUCAAAUGUCGAGAUUCUCGAUAAAAACAGUCCAUCGGUGAUGGAUUCUACUGAUAGGACCUUUGUCUUGAAAAAUCGAGCCACCAUGUCUGCUGUCUCGACUGCAAAAAGCUCGAUUGAUUCUUUCACGUCUACUGAUAAUAAUAUAUUAAAGUCAUGGAUGGUACAGGAAGAUCAAAGAUGUGUUUACCCUACCAAUUUCCGGCCUUUUCCCCAACGGAGCAAAGCGGCAGGUCGCAGCAAGAUGCUAUAUGGGAACAUUUCUGAUAAAGGUAUCAAGAGAAAGGAGGCCUUUCAGGGUAAAAAAGGGCCACGCCUUCCAAUGAAUGGUAACUCGAUACCUGAAGAGUCAAAGAGUUAGCAAUUGUAACUACUGCUUAGAAAUAUUAUUUAUAUAAAUGAUAAUAGAAUAUGUUAAUGUAAAGGUUUUAAAGGGUAUUUAAGUAUGGUAUGAUGUAAUAAUAAUAAUAACAAUUGAAAAACGCAUAGAUUAUGAUAAUUAGCAUCAAUGACGCCGCUUUAGUGGCACUAAUAUUUUUAUUAAUGAACUAGUGGAUCUUCAUUGACUAAAUAACAAAUCCAAGAUACUAGCCAAAUAUUUCGUCUGGGACUUUGAAUGAAAACUAUUGUGGCGAUGAUUGAAAUAUAGGGGUCGAGAAUAUAUUUUGAAAAUCGAUAAUUGUGUUCUUGAUAACAGGAUCAAUGUCCCCUGAGGUGUACAUUGUUCCAAUCAAUGAUCUAUUCCUUUAUCCUACGUUCCAUUCACUGCGCUGAUACCUAUCCCCUUAAUUCUUUUAGAUCAACUGGUUCAAAAUACUAUCUUUCUGUGAUUAGAAUCUAAUCCUGUCUCCUUUUCCUUUCUAUUCUUAGUGAAAAUUGUCUGGACAUUUUUGAAAUAGUAGAUAAUACCAAAUACCAGUUGUAGAUACCAUCAGCCAUAUAAUUUUAUAAUUGUAAGCAAAUUAUCAAUCAGCAAAGGUGGGGUUAUGAACGGUUUUGGCGCCAUUUGAUAUAAUCUCUUUGUCUAUAACCUUGUCUAUGAAUGAUAAUUAAGGUAAUACUGAGAGUGAUCUAAAAUGCCAUAGARUUCUACUGCUCGACACCCUCAGCUUACUCAUCCAAUAUACCUUUCAAGUGUCAGAUAUUGCAUUUUAAUUUAUUAAAAAAGUUUUUUCAAGUUACACUUUUUUUCAAUUAAAUCAAAAAUACAACAUGGAGAAAAGUUMAACCAAGAUGGAGAUUCUUUAACUGAAAGUUUAAUGAUUAUUGAAUUAUGCGUAUAAUGAAUUUGCAUGAUAUUAUUUAGUACAAUAUACAACUMGUAAUAAAUACAAUUUCUAAUCUUUCAGUAGUGCAGAUUGUUUAAUCGCAUAAAGAGGGGCAUACUUGUUGAUCCUCUCCCUACGUGGGCAAUAUUGCUAAAAGGAGAGUACAGUACCUUGACCAUCAUGUAUAAAUGUAUCUUUCCAUAUGAUACGUAAAUCAUUAAAAUACUCCAUGGAAGAUAUC